AUGAGCCAAGCAAAAUCCUCUGAUCCUAUUGCUUCAUCUACUCAAUCUGAUCUUAUUAGCAGCACCAGCCAGGGUGAAACAGUUCAACCUCCACCUCCAUUGGUACAAAGUAAUGAAGUAAACAAUGAUGAAGAAAAUGCUAAUAAGAAAAGGAAAGUUGGAGAAGCUUCAACAUUAACCACAUCCAACGAUCCUAAUGUUGCAUCUGGAGACUCAGGUAAUAGAAAACCUAUUAAACCUAGAUCUUGGACUUGGGAACAUUUUACAAAAAUAGGAUCAAGAGCUAAGUGUAAAUGGUGUGAUGUAUCAUAUGCUGCUGAUUCACAAAAAAAUGGCACAAGUAAUUUGAAACACCAUUUGUUGCACCAAUGUAAGAAGUUUCCCAAAGAGUCUCUUGAUCCCACUCAAAAGACUUUUGUUCUUCAACAAUUGAAAAAAGAAGAUGGAAACGGAUAUGGUAGUGUUCUCACUAGUGUCCAUUUUGAUGCCGAGACAUGUAGGAAAGCUUUAGCUAGGAUGAUAAUUAUUGAUGAGUUGCCUUUUAAGUUUGUUGAGGGAGAGGGAUUUCUUCAUUUUAUGAGUGUUGUGCAACCUAAACUCUCAAUUCCUUCAAGGAUUACAAUUGCUAGAGAUUGUUGGGAUUUGAGUGACCAUAGGAAAAAAAUUGAAAAAUGUUUGGAGGAAUGGCUAAUAGGUAAAGUUUUCACCAUUACGGUUGAUAAUGCUAGUUCCAAUGAUGUUGCUAUCACUUACUUGAAAAAUACAAUGGAUGAUUGGAAUUCACAUCCAUUGAAAGGGGAAUAUAUGCAUGUUCGUUGUUGUGCACAUAUUUUGAACCUUGUGGUCCAAGAUGGAUUAAAAGACUAUCAUUCUUCAAUUAGUAAGAUUAGGAAUGCUGUUAGAUAUGUUCGUGCCUCUCCGGGUCGUUUGGAUAGGUUUAAAACUUGUAUUAAGGAAGCUAGGUUACAAGAAAAGUCGAUUGUUCAGUUGGAUGUUUCCACUAGAUGGAACUCCACAUAUAUUAUGCUUGAAAGUGCGUUGAAGUUUCAGAAGGCGUUUAAGAGAUUGAGUGAGAAGUGUGUUGAUUUUGUGUUGAUUCAAGGUGGUAUUCCAAAUAAUGAGGAUUGGGAUAAUGCAAAAUGUUUUGUUAAUUUUUUGAUAUCACAAAGAAGGUUUCAGGGGUGGAUAGGAUUAACAAGUUCAGACAACUUGCUUGGAAAGAUGGCUGAAAAUAUGAAAGCUAAAUAUGAGAAUUAUUGGGGUGAUGUUAAAAAAAUGAACAUUCUGCUCUUUGUUGCUGUUGUGCUUGAUCCUCGACAUAAGAUGCAGUUUGUUAGGUGGGGCUUAAACAAGGUAUAUGAGAAGAAUGUUGCUGAAUCUUUGUAUAAGAAAACAGAGGAGACAUUAUACAAACUAUUUGAUAGUUAUAGGAUUUUUGUUGGUCAAGGUCAAUCUGAAGUUCCUACACAUUCCUCUCGUGAAGUAGAAUUGGUAGAACUUAAAGCACCAGAGGAUGCAUUUGCUUUGGAAGUUGAGAUGGACAUGAAUUUAAAUGAGAGCAUGCAGAAAAAUGAGGUGGAUUUGUAUCUCAUGGAGAAAUUAGAGAAGAAAAGUCCUGGUUUUGAUAUCUUGAAUUGGUGGAAGGUGAAUUCCAACAAGUAUCCUAUUCUUGGUCAAAUGGCUAGAGAUGUAUUGGCAAUGCCUGUGUCAACUGUUGCUUCGGAGUCCGCUUUCUCUACCGGAGGUAGAGUGCUUACUUGUUAUAGAAGCUCUCUUACACCAAAGACAGUUGAAGCAUUAAUUUGCACACAAAAUUGGUGUAAAGCAUCCCCAGUGUCAGUUGAUAUUGAAGAGCUUCUGGAUGAAUUAGAAAAUCUGGAAUUAGAACUUGUUCCAAUUCCACAAUUGAAUGAAGAUGUAUCUGAUAUUGAUUUUGAUUAG